AGACAACAGAUAAGGUUAAAUAAUAAAAGCGGCAUAUAAGCUUAUUACGGUGCUAUAAAAGCGGAAUUGUUCCACAGUAAAAUAUUCGUAUUAGUAAGUUAAAUAAUUUUAUUUAGCGAUUUUUGUGCAGUCGCAGCUCUGCGUUAUGUAGGCACCUAUGCCCAUAGGACAUAGGAUGCUAAAUUUGUGACGUCUCGUGUUAAUUUAUUAGAGUCGCAUUGCCCGGAUUUAUUCGGAGACAAUCAUUGCGAAAUACCGAUACAAAUUUAUGUAUGAGAGUAUAUUAUACGGCUAUGUAUGCCAAAUACGAUCAAAAAUUUUGUCGUUACAGUAUUUCUAGUUGUCAACUGUGUCAACCUUGAAAACUAAAGUCAAGUACUUGAAAAAUAUCUUCAGCAACAUCUGAUUCUGUGGCUGUGAAAUAGUGAAAUGUCAAGUAAAAAAAUUAAAAUCAAAGACUUCAAAAGAAUCUCCUAAGUAAUUUAAAAGUUUGUUUUUAUCUUCUCGUUAUUUGUGAUUAAGUUUAAAGAUGAGUUCGAAAAAAGUCGUGUUUUGGUUAUUUUUUAUUGUUUGUUGGUGCAAUGGAAGAGCCAGUGACCAAAUGCAACUUAACAUACGUCCUGAAAAUGUACUUAAUAAAAAUAGCAAGGAAAAUAUAAAGAGUACUUAUUCCUUAUUAAGUGAAUCAAUAUCUCAAGCUGUCAAAGAUGAUGAUUCACCUGAAAGUUGUGUUAAUGAUGAUAUUUCGUGCCUUUCAACAGGACAGGCAAAUGAUAAACUGGGACUAGAAGCAAUAACAGCUUUGCAUAGACAAUUAGAUGAUGAUGCAAAUGGUAAUGUUGAUCUUUCCGAAACAAACGAUUUUCUACGAGAGGAGUUGCAGUAUGAUUCUGGAUAUGAAAGAAGGCAAAAGGCAUUCCAUCGUAAUGAUGACACUCAUAUUUCCGUUAAGGAGCUUUGGGAAGCAUGGUUACGUUCUGAAGUUCACAAUUGGACUGUUGAGCAGACUACAGAGUGGUUGGCUAUUUGUGUAGAGUUACCACAAUAUGCUCACACCUUUUUACGGAAUAAAGUAACAGGAGCUAUGUUACCGAGGUAAUUUCUUUUAUUUCCUAA